CUGCUGUUGCUGCGCGUUUUGGAGAGGAGCCUGUGGUGCUUUGUUACUUAAAAGAUCAAUCUACAAUGGCAGACAACAGACCAAAUGCUGAUUCCUUGUCCCGCAGUGUGCUCAGCUGGGAUCAGGUCAGUCGUCUUCAUGAGGUCCUGUCCGAGGUGGUGCCAAUUCACGGAAGAGGCAACUUUCCGACGAAAAUAACUCUGAAGGAUAUUGUCCAAACUGUUCGCCGCAGGCUAAGUGAAGCAAACAUUAAGGUGCAUGAUGUCCGUCUGAAUGGUUCCGUGGCAGGUCACGUCUUGGUCAAAGACAAUGGACUGGGUUGCAAGGAUCUAGACCUUAUCUUCCAAGUAUGUCUCCCAAGUGAGACCGAGUUCCAGUUGGUCAGAGAUGUGGUUUUGCAGUCCCUCUUAAAAUUCUUGCCUGAAGGUGUCAACACCGUAAAAAUUAGCCCCAUGACCCUUAAGGAAGCCUAUAUUGAGAAGCUGGUGAAAGUGUGCACCGAUAUUGACCGAUGGAGUCUAAUCUCUCUCUUCAACAAGCAUGGCAGGAAUGUAGAGCUCAAGUUUGUGGAUCGUAUAAGGCGGCAGUUUGAAUUUAGCGUGGACUCUUUUCAAAUAAUACUAGACUCUCUGCUCUUCUUCUAUGAUUGCUCAGAGAACCCAAUGUGCGAGCAUUUCCACCCAACUGUGAUUGGAGAAAGCAUGUAUGGUGACUUUGAGGCAGUCUUGGAUCACCUGAAGAACAGGCUGAUAGCCACCAAGAACCCUGAGGAGAUCCGAGGAGGAGGGCUCUUGAAGUACAGCAAUUUGCUUGUGAGGGACUUCAAGCCCAUGGACAAAGAGGAGAUAAAAACCCUAGAGCGUUACAUGUGUUCUAGGUUCUUCAUAGACUUCCCAGACAUUCUAGAACAGAAGCGCAAGUUGGAGACAUACCUCCUGAACCACUUUGCCGAAGAGGACAGAAGCAAAUAUGACUACCUGAUGACCUUGCGCGAAGUAGUCAACGAGAGUACGGUGUGCCUCAUGGGACAUGAGCGAAGGCAGAUACUGAACCUCAUCUCGCUUCUGGCACUCAGAGUGCUGGUAGAGCAAAACCUCAUCCCCAAUGCCACCAAUGUCACCUGCUAUUACCAGCCAGCUCCAUAUACCAGUGAUGCAAACUUCAGCAGCUACUACGUUGCAGAUACAUACGGCCAGUCUCAUCCCACCUGGCUCCCUUGUAACUGAUUUUGAGCUUCCUAUUUUUCAAAGCCCCCCUCACCAACUAGGUCUCACACCAAUCAAACGGCUCCUGGUUCUCUUUCCUCAUUCCUUGAGUAGCCUUGGUCAACCCAUGGAGUGGCCCUCAUCUUUCCUAGUUUCCUUGCCUCUCCUCUCCUCUCCCAGGGUGAACUGUCCUAAUGCUGUUCCCCAAACCUUCUUAAAACUGAAGAUAGAAAGAUGCUGUUGGGACAAAGCCAGAGUAGUAGUAACUGCUCGAUUGCUUCCAUGCCAUGUUGUCUUCUGAAGUUUGAAUCAAGUUAUCUUUGCAAAUAAUGAGGAUUAGGCUGAUAUGACUAUGGAAGAUCAUAGCUACAGUCCUGUAUGUCAUUAGGCUGUUCAAAGUCAACAGGACUGAAGCAGCUUCUGAACUGUAUGCAGGACUGAAGCCAUUUUCUUUCCCCUCAGAAAGUCUUAAAUUAGCAGUUGACUCAUUGCUGCUGUAGCAGGACCAAAGGAUGAAUUUCAGUUUGGAGAGUAUAAGGACGUCUGGCAAAACUGUCCCUUUUAGUUUAAAGAAAUUAAGGCUAUCCUAAAUUACAUGAUGCAGGAAUUCUAAGAACCCAAGUCAAGCUUUUUUAAAAAAAAAAGCAAAGUACUAGAAAAUAUAUGGUAAUUAUGAAACUUAAGUUUAAUAUAUUAUUUUCCACUGAUGCUUGGACUGACCUGCCAGGGAAAUGUGGAAUGCUCCUGCCCCCAGAGUUCAGCUGAA